GAAUCAAAUUGGUUUGCUUUAGGGUUUAGAGUCUCAAACCGUAACAGAGAUUGAGAAAUACAAAGGGAGUGAGACUGAGGAAUAGUUUGAUCUUGUCAUCACUGCGAGAUGGAUGUGCCGCUGCGAGAUGUUUGUAAAUAUGUGAAUGAAAAAGUAAACGUCAUUGGCGUUGUUGUUGAAACCACCUUUGCCAAGAAAACAAUGGGCACGGAUUAUUGUUGUGCCCUCAGAAUCAUUGAUGACACACGACACGAUUUUAGCAUGGCUGCUAAUGUUUUUGGUAAAAGUACCGAAAAUCUUCCUCUUGUGGCGGCUUUGGGAGAUAUAAUUCAACUUAGUUUUGUAUCGGUAACAACGUACAGGGGAGAAGCAAAUGUUACUUUUAACAAAAAUACUUCAACAUUUGCUUUAUAUAAAAGCAAAGAUGACGAUGGUUUAAAUUCCUAUCAAGUUUCUCGUCCUUAUUUUGUACCCAAAGACGAAGACAAGAUAAUCAUAAAUAAACUGAGAAAAUGGCUGAUCAAUUUCCAAUUCUCUGAAGAUUCCAGUAAAUUUCCUUUCUUCAGAGAACUCAAGGAAGAAACUUUCGUUAAUCUGGCAUGCAAGAUCCUUCAUCAUAGUGAGGCUGCGAAAGAUGAAUGGGUGAUCUUUGUCUGGGAUGGUACUGAUACCCAAUCGAAUGCAAUAUGUUCAAACCUAGAAAAUGAACUUAAGAAUCCACUUCCUUUACAACGGGACCAUUUGUCUUUGCCAAGAGAUAUUUUAUGUACUUUUCCAACGGUUGGAACUAUCCUUAGAAUAAUUUUUCAUAUAGGUGUUGAAAAAAGUCAUUUCCACCUUCUAACCAUUGGUAAAUGGGUAAAAAUUAAUAAUUUGCGUCUUAAGUUGUAUGCUGGACUGUGGCAUGGUAUUUUUACUGUUCAAACAAAGCUUCAAUAUAUAUCAAAUGAAGAUCAGCUUAUUGCAGAACGCCAAAGGUCCGUUGCUAGUUUAGUUGACUCUAUAUGGUGUAUCAUUUUACUUAAACUUAUGUACGUCUCUUACGAAUUUUGGUCUAGGUUGGCUGACGAGAGGCUAUCCUUAAUAUUAGGAAGAAUGCCUAAUUUGAGCUUCCCCGAGCCUUCACCGAUUACAGUAGUUAAUCAUCGUGAUCAUGUGAGACCUGUUACUUUAAUGAGUGUCCUCACUCAUUCAAAGGUGACGGCUAUAUUCAAGUGUGUUGUUCGGGUGGUAGCAGCAAUGCCUUGCAAAGCUGAAAAUCUCCGUUCUUCUACUGGGAAAUAUAGGAUGCGUCUAACACUAGAGGACCCAACUGCCAGAAUCCAUGCUCUUGUAAUUGAAGAGGAUGUGGUGACUCUGUUUGAUGGUAUUCCUGACGCUGAAAAGUUGGAAAGAAAGCUGAAUAAAUUACUUGGAAUAUCUGAAGAUAAUAGUAUUGGUGGGGUAAAAGAUACUACAAGAAAUCCACCUUGGGUUUGUGUUUGUCUCAAGUCAUACUAUCUCUCCAAAGAUGAUAUCUGGGGCACUAGAAAUUUCAGAGUAUUUGACACCAAAAUUCUGGAAGAUUCAUCAUAGAAUGGAUAUGUUAUGAAUCCUGUUUUUUGCUUCCUUUUGAAGGAAUACGUGGGGAAAACCAGAGGAUCCUAGGAGAUUUUCAAACUAUAUUUUGUAUAGAAAAAUGAAAUAACUGACCAUGUGUAUAGAAAGCCUGGAAAUCCUUUUGUAGAAAUCUUCCAGGCUGUAUUUUUUAUGUGAAUAUUUAAAGUAUGUAAAAUGUACAAAUUAAGGAUGUUAACAAGUAUAUAUAUGUCAUUAUUA